UUCCCUCAGUAUGCAUUUCCAUCGAUUUGAUUGAGAUGUUACUUUGAUUGUUCCACAAACACUCUGAUCAACUACAUAUCAUUGAAAGAACUAAAACGAAGAUGAACAGGUUUUCGCUUCUGUUGUACUUUUCAUUCGCAUUUCUUCUCUCUGGAGUCGACGGCAGUACUCCCGCACAGGUGAACAAUUUGAUCUCGACACUACUCCAAGGCUAUGACAAGAGGACCAGACCUAUCACUGAUCAGGACAAAGCCGUCAAAGUGGACAUCAGUUUUUAUCUUUCCAUUGUCAACGACAUCGAUGAGGUAGCAGAGAAAUUCGUCACCACCGGAUGGCUUCAUCUAUCUUGGACAGACCAGAACUUAGUGUGGGAUUCAACGACGAAUAACAUAUACUCAAUUCACCUGAACCAGAAUGAUAUAUGGAAACCGGAUGUAGUUUUAAAAAAUGGUUUCACUAAAUUUAAAGAGAUGGGCGGAAGUUUCUACUACAUUCCUAUCGAUCCUUCUGGUUUUGUGUCGUGGUUUCCUUACGAGGUGUUUGAAACCAGAUGUUCUAUUGAUAUCACUCACUUUCCAUACGAUAAACAAACGUGCCAAAUCGUUUUCGUCGUGUGGAGUUACUCAGUCAGUCAAGUCGAAAUUGUGAACACUCUUUCUGGUGUCGAUUUUUAUGAGUAUGAAGAGAACAGUGUUUGGACAAUUCUGGACACUGAUUCAUAUGUUAACAAAGAUAAAUAUGAAUCAGAAAUUAUCUUCAAAAUUGAACUGCAAAGAAAGCCGAAAUAUUUUGUCAUGAAUAUAAUUCUUCCUGUCCUUUGCCUUAGUCUGCUCAGCUUGUUAGUUUUCCUGAUACCUGUGGAUGCUGGAGAGAAGAUGGGAUACUCCAUUACCGUAUUUCUAUCGUUUGCGGUUUUCCUGUCCAUAAUCAGCGCCGAAUUACCGGUAAACUCAGAGAGUACCUCCACAUUAAGCUUCUAUCUUGUUCUUCAAAUGGGUGUAGGUACUCUAGUACUGGUCAUCUCAGCCAUACAACUUCGUCUGCAUCACAGAAAAACUACCGCUGAUAUGUCUCAAAUCUUCAGAAAAAUGGUGAAGCUUGAAAGAUGUCUGCGCUGUAAAUCAGGCUGUUGUCUUUCAAAGAAAGUACAAGUACGUGCGAUUGAAAAAAAUGAGAUCGAAGAACAGGAAAUUCAUACGGAUGACGACAUUGAGUGGACUGAUGUCACAUCCGCUAUUGACUUUUUUGGUUUCUGGUUGUUUUUUAUUUUCAACAUUGUUGUAACCUCAUAUCUCUUCAUUUCAAUUAUAUCAUCGUAGAAAUAGGUCAAAGUUAUGUAAAUUGUCAAUUUGGUCCUCAUAAAUUAACACUUUUUAAAAGUGUUUCGAUGCGUUAAAACUUUUAUCGUUUUGUUAUUAUGUAGAAAAGUUGAAAUAAAUAUUUCCAUCCAUUUA